ACUCUCAGCAUGAAGAUGCCUCUGGUGGGGCUGCUGCUUGGCCUGGCAUGCAUAGAGUUGGCCCAGUCCUUGCAGUGCUACACAUGCAAGGAGCCAAUGGACAUUUCCAAGUGCAGAACACCCACAGAAUGUCCCCCGAGAGCCAAGGUGUGCACAACAACUCUGCACUCUGUAGACUUAGGUUACCCGUUUUUUGGCAACAUCACCGUCACAAGAAGCUGUGAAGAGGAGUGUGUCACCUAUGAAGGGAUAGGGUCAAAUAGACCAACAACAUGCUGCUACACUGACCUCUGCACUGAAGACACCAGGAGCAGCAAGGGGGAGAGAAGCAGCUCUGCAGCGCUGGGUGUGAUGGCCAUGAUUUUUGGCACACUCCUCCAGUGUGUUCUGUGAUGUUGAUGGGUAUCUGUGCUCCAGUCAAAGCAUUCUCACUCCUCUCUCUGCCAAGAUGUGAACUUUGAGAUACCCUGGGAAAACUUCUUCACUCAAGUGUGUCUUCACCCAUCUUCAGCGCUAUGAAUUCAAUGGGAUUCAAGCCAAAAGUUUGGGCAUUCAGAACUAAAAUCCUCAAAUUUCCACUUUCCAGCUGAUAUAAACAGAUGUUCUUCACCUAUGGUUGCUUCUGUUUCCCAGAAUCCACAUCUCACCUUGCAGCUUUCUUCACUGGGGAGCAGAGGUGGAUAAAGAGAGUGGUGGCUCUGAGCAGCAUGAGGGACUGGGCUGUGACACUGGGCUUGAGCAAGAGCAGGGGCUGUACUUGUAUGUGUAUUGUACACAACGGAUAUCCCCAGCUCCCACACAGUGUACAUCUGUGACAAUAACCUAAUGCAAAAUCCCCAAAAUACCUGCAACUCUUCAUCGGGAUCUUCCUUUACUUUCUUUCCACACUGGGUGCUAUCUCCUGAGCCAGAUGGAUGUUGCAACCUUCCCAGUACUCAACAAAGCGCAGUAUGCAAUUGGAGGGAGCUGGCUCUUAAAUCUGUCCAGAAUGUUAUGGAAUGGGUUCAGAAGGGCUCAGCCUUCACGCAUGGACAUGAUUCUGAAAAGCUCAAAAGAUGUUCAGGAUGAAGCACUCAAGGCUAGUUAAACUGAUAAAAGCAAGUCAAGGAGUUUGAGCAGAACAAACUCCCAUCAGCCCUUUGCCUGAGCUCAGGUUGCAAUCAUAGUCCCUGGCUUUCUCCUUCCAGAUGUUUCACAGACUGUUCCUAGCAAUUUCUCCUAUUACUCUGUCCUUCCCCAUUCUUUCUCAGCAGGGAUGAUGGGAAAGGAAAAGCAAUGACUAUUUCAGACCUCAGCUUUGGGAAAAAUCGGAGGCUCCACUCAGUGCUGGGGAUUUGCUCCAAUUCUCCCUUGGAGCAACACAAUAAUUUGGUUUUGAUGCUUUGACUACUGUAAAAACAGGAGCGGGAGCAGAUCCAAACAAGUUAGGCAUGCCCAGCUUAUAGAUCUUUUUGGGAAGGGAAAGCUGAGGAACAAGCAUUUCUCACUAGUCUUAUUCCUUGGCUCAUUCAAGGAAUGAAAGAGGCAAAGGGCAGCAUGAGUACAUCCCAUGAACUGUCCUAACACAUUCAUAAUGUUUCUGCCAUGUCCUUUGUGGCAAACUCAGUUUUUACUCUAUCUCCAUAACAUACAUCUAGGAAAAAAACAUCA